AUGGAAGAAUCCCGCAACGCAGUCGACCUCUAUAUAACCUACCAAGUGUAUUGCGCCUCCUGGAAACCUGCCUACGAUAUCCGCGCCUCAACCGCUGAAGAUGACACCGCGCCUCCCACCGCCAGCUCCGUCCAACUCUGCUAUUACGGUCUAGUCGAGCAAAACACUGGCGACGAUUGGACAAACUGUGAACUCGUGCUCUCCACAUGUUCCGCAAGUCUUGGCGGAAGUGCACCCCCGUUGGGCACACUUUCGGCGAGUCUCGCGCGACGUCACACUUCCGCUCGUCGCAACAAAGCUGCAAGUGCGCCCAGCGAAGAGGAUAUGGGUUUUGGAAGCUUUGAUUACAAUGAGAUCUGUGAUGCUGCAGCACUACACCGUCUAACCAACCUGAACUCGACUACAAAAUCUGGAAGUGAUAGCAUCAGUAUUCUAGAAGGUGUGGAAAAUUCAACCGGCUCGAUUUCAACAUGUUUUGCGAUUCCGAGAAAUGUCACUAUUAUGAGCAAUGGAGCGGAACAUAAAUUAUUGAUUAGUAAAAGUGAUUUGUCGUGUGCUUUCAGUCAUGAAAGUGUACCUUCCAAGAGUACGCACGCUUUUUUGUCAGCGAUUAUUACAAACACUUCACAACUUCCACUUUUGGCUGGACCUGCGGCGGUUUAUGUGAAUAAUUGUUACGUAACUAAGGUGAGUAAAGUCCUUAAGGUCAUUAAGGUUGUAGUGUCUUUAUCUUAAGAUCCUUGAGAAUAUCUUCUCGAGGGAGAAAAAUCAGCCCAAAACUUUCAAGAUCCUAAAGCUUCUAAGCCCUUGAAGCUACCUGAAGGCUUGAUGUUUUCUAAAUUAAAAACUUUAAGCACCUUAAGCUACCCAAAGCUUUAAAGCCCUUAACCAAAACUAAAAAGUUUCAGACACAUCUCCGCUUGGUACCACCUGGCGGUGAAUUCCGAUGUAAUAUGGGUGUGGAUGCGUCGAUCAAAGUGGAAUAUAAAACACCUUCGGUCACCUAUGAGCAAGUGAGUUUUUAAAGGUUUUUUCGCGUGGAGACCAGGAGCUUCAAAGGAACAUAACUUUUCCCAAAAAUUUUGGUCUCCACGGGAAAAUUCAGCAUUUUUUCUAUAAAAAACAAUAAUUUCAGGUAGGCUUCAUGUCAAAAAGCACUCUAAUGAGCCACGAGCAAAUAAUCAGCGUGCGAAACGCCAAAGUCAAACACAGUGUAAGAAUCACAAUAAAAGAGCAAAUCCCAAAAAGUCACGAUGACAAGAUAAAAGUAGCUGUAGUUCAACCGGAAUGCCGUGCAAAUUCGAAUCCUUCUUCAGCCAAAAAACAACACAUCGACGCCUGUAAUUCGGAGGCUCGUCUCAACAAAGAUCAUAAUUUAGAGUGGACGAUUGUUCUGGCACCGGGCCAACAUCGCAAUUUGCCGAUUAGAUAUACGGUAGAACAUCCGGCUUCGGAAUCGAUUAGCUAUCGAUUUACGUAG